GGGAGCCUGGCAUGCUGCGGUCCAUGGGGUCACAAAGAGCCGGACUCGACUGAGCGACUGAACAACAUCCAUUGAGGAUCAGUUAGCUCCUUUCCUCCAAAGAUACAGAUUUGAAUUGAGGCAAGAGCCAGAGAGAAAGGACUUCCCGCCACCCCAUGGGGCUGGCCCCAGUACGUGGGCCGUGGGGGCACGGGGACCCACAGGCCUGGGUCCACGUUUAGGUCCUGCCGCUCACUGCCUGUUAGACCGGGGUGGCGGGGCAGAGGAGCUAUUCACCCAGUAACAUUCCUUUUCAUCGGCCGUCAAAUGAGUGGAUGUUGGAACCUCCUCCCAGAGGGCAGUGGUUCAUGGGACACUCGAGUGCGGCACUGGCACACACAUGCUCAAACCACCCCUCCUGCACGACUGCAUCUGUUUCCUCUCAACCGUGCCCGCCACUGCCGCCCUCAUGCAGUCCUCCAGUCUUGCUCCCUGCUGCAGCCAGGGAGCAUCUUAAGACACAAGUCACGUGGCAUCACGUGUCCGCCUAGGUUUGCGUCCAGUGACUCUGCUGUUUCAGUGCUGAGGGCUCAGGUUCAAUCCCUGGGCGGGGAGCUAAGAUCACAUAAGCCAUGUGGCAUGGCAAAGAAAGGAAAAAGGGGGAAAAAAAGGGAUGGGAUGAAUAGAGAGCACGGAUGGCCCUGGGGGCGCGGGCUGGCAGCAGGGCAGUGGGGCUGGGGUCCUCUCCUGGGCUCCCCAUCCGGCCUCCUUUGCUUUCUCUGCAGCGCGGCCGCAUGGGCUCGGUGGGCAGCCAGCGCCCCCGGGAGGCCAGCAUGGCAAGCACGCCACACGGGAGCGUGGUGAUGAGCUUCAGCUUUGACAGCGGCCACCUGGAGGAGGCGGUGGCCGGGGCCACCCAGGCCCAGGGCGGUAGGACCAGGGGCAUCCCGAUUUUCACGGACUCUGAGGAGCCGGCACCUGAUGACCGCUACCACGCCAUCUACUUCGCGAUGCUGCUGGCUGGCGUGGGCUUCCUGCUGCCCUACAACAGCUUCAUCACCGACGUGGACUACCUGCACCACAAGUACCCAGCGCCCCCCACCGCCCGCAGGAACCUCGAUUGUGUUUGACAUGAGCCUCACCUACAUCCUGGUGGCACUGGCGGCCGUGCUCCUGAACAACGCGCUGGUGGAGAGGCUGAGCCUGCACACGAGGAUCACCGCGGGUUACCUCUUAGCCCUGGGGCCCCUCCUCUUUAUCAGCAUCUGCGACGUUUGGCUGCAGCUCUUCUCUAGGGACCAGGCUUACGCCAUCAACCUGGCCGCUGUGGGCACUGUGGCCUUCGGCUGCACAGUGCAGCAAUCCAGCUUCUACGGGUACACAGGGAUGCUGCCCAAGAGGUACACGCAGGGGGUGAUGACAGGGGAGAGUACCGCGGGAGUGAUGGUCUCGCUGAGCCGCAUCCUCACCAAGCUGCUGCUGCCGGACGAGCGGGCCGGCACACUCAUCUUCUUCCUGGUCUCCGCGGGCCUGGAGCUGCUCUGCUUCCUGCUGCACCUGCUGGUGCGGGGCAGCCGCUUCGUGCUCUACCACACGGCAAGGCCCCGCCACUGCCGCCCGAGCCGCAGGGCCGGCUACCGCGUGCACCACGACGUGGCCGCCGAGGACGUACACUUUGAGCACCAGGGCCCAACACUGGCCAACGGCGGGUCGCCGAAGGACAGCCCGGCCCACGAGGUGACGGGCGGGGGCGCCUACACGCGCUUCGACGUGCCUCGGCCAAGGAUCAGGCGCAGCUGGCCCUCCUUCCGAGCCCUGCUCCUGCACCGCUACGUGGUGGCCCGCGUCAUCUGGGCGGACAUGCUAUCCAUCGCCGUGACCUACUUCAUCACGCUGUGCCUAUUUCCGGGUCUCGAGUCGGAGAUCCGCCACUGCAUCCUGGGCGAGUGGCUGCCCAUCCUCCUGAUGGCUGUGUUCAACCUCUCUGACUUCGUGGGCAAGAUUCUGGCGGCGCUGCCCAUGGACUGGCGGGGCACCCACCUGCUGGCCUGCUCCUGCCUCCGCGUGGUCUUCAUCCCCCUCUUCAUCCUCUGCGUCUACCCCAGCGGCACACCCGCCCUCCGCCACCCGGCCUGGCCCUGCGUCCUCUCCCUCCUCAUGGGCAUCAGCAAUGGCUACUUUGGCAGCGUGCCCAUGAUCCUGGCAGCGGGCAAAGUAGGCCCCAAGCAGCGGGAGCUGGCAGGGAACACCAUGACCGUGUCCUACAUGACGGGGCUGACGCUGGGCUCAGCCGUGGCCUACUGCGCCUACAGCCUCACGCGGGGCGCCCACCGGAGCUGCCUGCGCCCCUCUGCCGCCAACGCCUCCUUCCCCGCCGGCCUCUGAGCCCCGCCCAGGGAGGGCCGCCAGGCCCCCUCCCCACCCCUGCCUGCAGUGCCUGGGCGCCCAGCCGCCUCCCUGUGCCGAAACCACCAUCUCCUGGCGCUCCGGCCCCAGGGCUCCGCCCCGCUCUCGGAGGCCUGGACGCACUGCCCCGGAUGCGGCUGUGUCUCAUGCCUGCCCUCACCCCCGGCCCGUGUCUGCCGGGCCCCGCUCUGUGGGGUCACUCACAGCCGUCCUGGCCCAGGAGAGCAGACCACCAGCCCGUGUCCCCUCCUGGGUCCGCUCUGAGGGCCCCACGGCCCUGACCCCCCGUCGGCAGCACCUCCCCCUCCACUGGGGACCCUGCUCCCACAGGCCUGCCCCCCCACACCCCCGCUACGAGGGGGCUGCAGCCUGGGUGCGCCCACCUUGCGCCAGCACCACCCAUGCACCCUGGUACACCCCUGAUGCCACAGGCCUGGGGGUCUGUCUGCCCAGGGAGCCCGGUCGACCUCCCCCAUUUCCUCCAGCCACCUGUGAUACAGGAGGAGACAGUUUGAGAGCCAUGAGCAGGGCCCACAGCCUGGCUGGAGUCACACCCCCGGACCUAGGCCUUGAGCCCUUUCCAGGGGGGGCACAGACAUGCCCAGGGGUGCCUGGCAAAUAGAAGAGGGGGGGUCCCUCCAGAGCUCCAGACUGGCUCAGCACCCCAAGCUGGGGGGAUUCCCGGGGCAUCCUGCCAGCGGAGGGCUUCUCCAGGGGCAAGACAGGCGCCCUCCCACCCCCUCCGGGUCCCAUCCACCCGUCGGUCCACUGACUGUACCGCACUGGCCAUUAAAGAUGAAGGCAGAGCCUCUGCCCCAGCAA